GAGCGGCAGUUAAGAGAUUACUGAGAUGGGUGUGACAUGCUCAUAGUCUCUUAGAAGUGUGCCCAGCUCUCUGCACCGUACGUUGAGCACCAACAUUAGGGUGCAGCACUGGGCGUCGUUACCGACCUUGACCGAUGUUUACUUGGUCCUUUGUUGAUUGGUCCUUCCUCGCUUGUCAACUCGAACGGAAGCCAGCAUCGUGCAUACCCUAGGGCCAUGGACUGCUUCUAGCUAGACUCAAGAAGGAACCUGGACCGACUGACAUGUCUCGACCCGAUUCGGUGGCUGCGUCGACCAUUAAUGCCAGCCAUGCACCGAGACCGCUGGCUGCUAAACCACGCUCAAUGUCUCCUUCGAACAUUUCGCUAUAUGUUUCUAACCUCAGGCUCUUGAAUCUUGAUCAACGACAAGAUUGGCCCGAGAUUACUGUACGGACUUUCGAUACUAAAGAUGCACUUCAGAAUCAGAAGAAGCGCGUAUCGUGCGUCGAAUGGUCACUCUACCGGCUCUUUGAGAUUUGGGACCGGGAGACCACACGCGAGAGACUACAACCAUUCUUCCCACCCUUGGAGCCUAUUCAAUCCCUCAACCUGAGAGCUGCAUUGUUCAGAUGUCUCAACGACCUGAAGAAGAACGAUGUUCUAGGCAGAGAAGCUACGCUACGAAAGACGAUGCUUGACGAUUGCAAGGGCGACAAGUUUGAAGAAGUUUUGCUCCUCUUCUCCGCUGCUGUUGUCCGUAAACAAGUUCUCUCGGCUCGACGAAAACAGCGACUCUCGAUUGGGAAGCAUCUUGCUCUCGCGAAACAGCUGGAUAAGCAAGACCUGCUUACAUUCGGUCCUCUCUCCCUCGCCUAUCGUGUAUCUCUGACAAAGAAGCUUCACAGCCGAAUCGCUCUGGAUAGCACCAUUGACACCUUCCGCACAUCAUUGUAUGAGAAGACGAAUGAUUAUCAUCAGCUGCAUCUCACACUUCUUGAGACUCGAGAUUUCUCUAGCGGUGCCCUAUCACAAGACACCGAGAAGUCUAUCAGACGCGAGCUCCGCCAGAAUUGGAUCGGCAGCGUAGAGGGCUGUGAUGCAUUGUUAGCAGGAGCUAAUGUUGCUUCCUCAGACGCGUACAUGGACUCCACUUUUGAGGACCUAUGGCAGCAUUUCCAACAAGGCACAUCACCUCAAGUACCUCCUGAAAACGUGUCUCUGCUCGAGACGUUACGAUCUCGCGUCGUUGAACAGAAUGAGCGCUUGCGUCUGUGGAAGAUGUACAAGGACGUGUUCGAAGGGAGUAACAAGGCGGUCGAUCCUGCUCGGAAAUUGGCUGUUUCAUCCUCUCAGGACCCCACAGCGGCGGCUUACGGACUUGACAUCUUCAACAAGCAUAAGGGUGUGUCUGUGGAGCAGAUACCUGCUGAAAAUACGACGGAUAUUUCCCGGAUCGAUCUCAUGGUGGACUACGAUCAAGUUGUGCAAGAUAUGAAGCACUGCCUGGCAGAUGUAAGCAAAAAGAAGCGCGGACAGCCGGAUGGAGCCUUGUCUCAUACAGCACCCACCGCCACUGAUAGGUUGCGUCGGACAGACACAAUGCCGAGGCAACUGCCUAUACAAGUAUUGCUUGCUGGCUCAAAGGAGCCUACGGAGGAUCUGUUCUCGCCUCUCAAGCGACCGCUUCUUGAAUCGACGAAUUCAACGCCGAUCAGUGUGCGUGACGGGCCCCACAGGCCGCAUCCCUUCUUGCCUCGAACCCACAGUCAACCCAUGAGCACACCUCAGUCUGUAAGGAGUGAACACAGUCGCUCCUUCGAUCGGUCCACAACGAUAUCCUAUGGCUCUGCUUUGAGGCAACCCACAUUCACGGAUGCCAGUCCUAGUGUACAGAGAGCUCAGGAUCAAUGUCUCGAGACAGACACACUUGACCAUCAGCCCGGAAGAGAGGAGACACCGAGAUACAAGGCCUCUUCUGCAGUCCCAGUGGGAAUGGACUCGGUCUCCACAAAGCCCCAAGACUCCGAUGAUGUCCCUGCCACUUCUUUAGAGCACCGAUUCGAUGCCAUGGAUCUGGACGAGCAGGCUCAACCGCAGUCGCCAUUAAAUCUCCCAGACUUCUCAGCUUCUCUAUCCUCAAGCCCUCCCGCGCCCAUCUCCAGACACGAGAGUCCACAGGCCCGUCCCAAUCUCUCGGACCGAGCUCGUCUCUCCAUGUCUUCCUUCCGCAGCAGCGAAAACGGCUGCCCACUACCUCAACCGACACCCGGGGCCUUUACCUCACCGCCAGAUCACGAAUCAACAAUCACGCAGUCCAGACGUACUUCCCUUGCCGACCGCGCCCUAGCAUCCAUGACCCAAGCCUCCCUACAUCCCCAACCCCAACGUGCAAAAACGACCAAAGAACUUCCUCGCUCCUCUUUCUUCCCUCUCAUAUCAACACAAGAAUUCUCCACUCCCAUCAAAGGAGGUAGGACCAGUCUGGGAGGUACAAGAGAUACUACACCCAGAGAUAAGUUGUUUGAGCAAGACGCAGAGUAUGCGAGUGUGUUUAAAUCCAGACCCAAGAUCGCGAUGAGCCCUGUUAUCUCUCCGCAAUUUGAGGCGGAGAUGGAGGAGGCGGAGGAUUUCAGCUUCGAAGGGGUUGACGGGGAGGGAGAGGAGAGUAUGCUGAGAUUGCAGAGUUCGCCAUUGGGCAAGUUUGGGCUGUGAGAGGUGGUAUCAUGUUUGUGUAGGAAAGGUACAGAGGCUAUGUUUUGAGUCAAUGGCCUUUUGGACUGCAGUGAGAAAAUGUAUUCAACACAACAUCAUGUUUAGGGCCAAGUAGUUCGAAGAGAAAGUGAAAUGUAGUAUUAACGUUAAAC